AUGGACGGAGAUGUUCUGCCAGCACUGUACUUUCUUGGCCUGUUCAUGCUGGAGCAAUAUCGUUUUCUUGAGGUCCAAGAAGCAUACAUAUUCGACGAAGAAGAAGAGGCCAUGAGACCAUGUCCAUUGAUUGCUUCUACAGAUGGUGCCGGUGCAGAAGAUACUGCACCACUUGAAUGUGCCAUUUGCCAGGUGGACGACAUCGGCAGAGCAGAAUAUGUCUACAAAUUAGGGUGCGGCCACAAAUUCCACAGGUGGUGCCUGGUCGUGUGGUUGAUCCACGAGGGCCGGUCAAACUGCCCUUUGUGUCGAGGUCGAAUCCUCUUCAACGAUGUCUGCAUUCCAGCAUUGGAUCCACAACAACUGAGCUUGGUGGUGGACAACGAUGAUACGGCGUGUUCGUUGGCGGAACUCUGA